AUGGCCGAGAGCUUCCGAGGAAUUGACAACAGUAUAGACGCGUGUAAUGGGGAAGAGAUUAACAUAAGCAUCUGGAACAUCAUACCUGUAAUUGUGAUACUUUUUCCAACAUCCACAGAAGGAUGUGAUACACAAGGAGAAAUUAAUGUUACUUUAAGUAACAUAACACUUAAAGAAAACAGAGACUAUCUCAUAGAAAAUGAGACCCUGCUAACAAAAGGAUUUAUCUAUAUUGCCAAUUACGACAUCAAUGCCAUAAAAGCGACAUGCAAAAUUCUAAACGGAAACACCAAGGAAACUCUAGAAGAGAUGGACGCUUUAUUCAUUAAGGACUGUGCUACAACGCAGAAGGACUCUCAAUUCUACUGCAUUCGUAACGGAAGUAACUUUGACGUGAUCUUAAAUAUAACAGCAAAAAUAGUGUUCAACAACACAAUAAUGAGUUUGGAGUUAAGAAUAAGAGACACCAAUUGCAUUAAACAUAGCAAUCUAAUUACUGUUCCGAAAAUUCGUAAAAGUUCAGAAAACAUCAGUACCACGCAAGCUACCACCCAAGCUACAGGUAGUAGUGAAUACAUCGAUUCGCCUUGGUGGAGUAUAUUUUUAACAACUGUCUUAGCGUUGCAAACAACUUUAAGGCCCUUCAGUGUCAUUGGUUAACGGCUCAACCUGUUGUUUAAGGAAGAUUUCCUGUUAAAUAUUUUGUUUCUUUUAAAUAUCACUUUGUAAUUGUUUUUAGGAUCAUAAAGCAAAAUAAGAUUUAAAUCUUUAAUGCUUGUAAUGUCUUCGAUUCAAGAGAUUAAGGAUGAGUACAAUGUCUUUGUCUAUGCAAAACCAGUAGGGUUCUGUAAAUAUUGAAAUAUUUAAUAAACAAUGAUAUUUUACAGUAUAUAUGCAGUGGAUAACACCUUGAAAUUUGAUAAUUUGUACAAUGAUAUACAUGAUUUUUAAAUAUUAAAAAUAUAAGCUGAAAUUAUAUAUAUUAGUUCAUACAUGUAAUUAAAUUUGCUGUACUUAUUUUGUUAGAUCAGUUAUUCUGGCAUUUGAACAAUUAAACUGUUUGAUGCAAUAUAUAAAUGUAAGUAAAAGUUUAACAGACAGAUAAAUUACAGAGCUAAAAAAAAUAUACCUCCUUUUUUUUUACCGUGAUUAUUGCAAAUUAUAAAAAUUGCAUUAGUAUGAAAUUACACAAACAAGUUCAAAACUUGUAGUAGGUCAAUGUUUGUCGGUCAUAUUAAUACAUUCCGUUCAAAAACAGAUACCUUUGAUUAUGGAGGUAGGCAUUGUAAGCUUAUCUUACCUUAGCUGAUAGUAAAAUGGUGGAGGCGGGCUAGACAAAUGUUGAAGAAGAUUCCCAAUGUGAUUGUCCUAAGACAGAUCUACUCGGUCACACUGAAUUUUUUUAUACAAUUUAAGGCUACAGAAUUAUCUUGUUUAAAUGCGUUUUGCAUAGUUAAAUGAUACAUGGAAGCCAGUGUUUAAUCUGGUGAUACAUUGUCUAUCGUAACAAAAGUAUUACAUUUUAAUAAAUAUGUUAUUGUUUUCUUACCUCUUCUUAGAUUUACAAUGCAUUUAUAUUUAGUAUACUUAUUAAAGUUUGUUAAUGGUAUAAAUGUA